AUGCCUCGCAAACACAAAGCCGGCUUCCUUGACGCCUGUGCCGAAGCAUUUUUCACCACUUCACAACAGUGGGCACAGCGCCGGAAACUCAGGGCCUUCCCAAACAGAGAUCAGGGUAGGGACUAUCACUGGAGUCAAAUGCACACCGAUGACCCCAGACCCAAAUACCGUGGAUGGGAGUCCUUUAGUCGGCCACCCCACGUGCCGUCGUCUCCUACAUUGCCGUUGGAUCCUUCGACAUUCACAGUGACGGAGGAGCUUGAGGAUAGCGCCUCUGAAUACCAAAAUAAGACUACAUGGAUGUAUAACACCUCAGGUCCAAGGCGAGCAGAGGAAGACGGUGAGGGAGAGGAGAAAGACAGUGACGAGGAUGACGUCACAAGGAGAGGCGACAAUGAAGACGACGAGGAAGAGCAGGUAGGUGAAUAUGAGCAGCGCCCGGACACACCGUCAGCCAGAUUGCCACACUUAGGCCACGAUCGAUGCGUGGACGCCUGGCUUGAGAAUGUGGCCAGCUCAGAGGACGACUCGGACAGUCCGAACGAAGACAAGUCUUCGUCCUCUGACAGCGUCACCUCCGAUCGAGGCAGCUCAAUCCAUCCUAACGAUAGCAUAAGUUUUGUCUCUGUGAAGCCGACGCAGUUGCCUGCGCUUUGUCCGGGUGGUGCUCGUGAUCGAUAG